UCUCACGUGACCAAGAGCUGACGUGUGCAGAAGUCCUUCUUGUUUAGGUCGUUGUUCCCGUCUGAGUACCAGCUCCUCAUUGCCCUGAGGGCUAGCGAGCCUGCGGCACAGGGAAGGAGGAGGAGAAGGAAACUGUCCUGGAUCCCUGCAGUGGGUCCGAACCUCUCCCAGGUUGCCAGUCUUUUCGUAGUUUGCAGCUCUACACUAGGCAAGUGAAGAGGAAGGAAAUUAACCCGGAUCGGUGAAGGUCGAUUUGAGGGUCUGCUUUUAGCAGGUGGCACCACCUGAAGCGAGGGAGGAAGUUUCCUUGGAUCUGUAGAGGUUCACCUCCAGUAUCAGCUAUUGGGACCUUGAAGUGGCUGAAGACAUCACUCUCCACAGGCCUGCACCCAGAACCAUAGUUCUCCCGUAACCUGAGUGACUAGUCUGUUCCUUGGUCCCUGCUAUUGUCAGGGACGAUUGCAUGGGCUACGCCAGGAAAGUAGGCUGGGUGACUGCGGGACUGGUGAUUGGGGCUGGUGCCUGCUAUUGCAUUUAUAGACUGACUCGGGGAAGAAAACAGAACAAAGAGAAAAUGGCUCAGGGCGUAUCUGGGGAUGUGGAUGAUGUUGGAGGCUGUCCUGGGGCCAGGUACAAUGACUGGUCUGAUGAUGAUGAUGACAACAGUGAGAACAAGGGUAUAGUAUGGUACCCACCUUGGGCCCGGAUUGGGACUGAGGCCGGGACCAGAGCUAGGGCCAGGGCAAGGGCCAGGGCUACCCGUGCUCGCAGAGCUGUUCAGAAACGGGCUUCCCCCAACUCAGAUGAUACUAUUUUGUCCCCUCAAGAGCUGCAAAAAGUUCUUUGCUUGGUUGAGAUGUCUGAAAAACCUUAUAUUCUUGAAGCAGCUUUAAUUGCUCUGGGUAACAACGCUGCUUAUGCAUUUAACAGAGAUAUUAUUCGUGAUCUGGGUGGUCUCCCAAUUGUUGCAAAGAUUCUCAAUACUCGAGAUCCCAUCGUUAAGGAAAAGGCUUUAAUUGUCCUGAAUAACCUGAGUGUGAAUGCUGAAAAUCAACGCAGGCUUAAGAUAUACAUGAAUCAAGUGUGUGAUGAUACGAUUACUUCUCGCUUGAACUCAUCUGUGCAGCUGGCUGGACUCAGAUUGCUUACGAAUAUGACUGUUACUAAUGAGUAUCAGCACAUGCUUGCUAAUUCCAUUUCAGACUUUUUUCGUUUAUUUUCAGCGGGAAAUGAGGAAACCAAAUUUCAAGUUUUGAAACUCCUUUUGAAUUUGGCUGAAAAUCCAGCCAUGACUAGAGAACUGCUCAGGGCCCAAGUACCAUCUUCACUAGGUUCCCUCUUUAAUAGAAAGGAGAACAAAGAAGUUAUUCUGAAACUUUUGGUCAUAUUUGAGAACAUAAAUGACAAUUUUAAGUGGGAAGAAAAUGAAUCUACUCAGAAUCAAUUCAGCGAAGGUUCACUUUUUUUCUUUUUAAAAGAAUUUCAGGUGUGUGCUGAUAAGAUUCUGGGGAUUGAAAGUCACCAUGAUUUUCUGGUGAAAGUAAAAGUUGGAAAAUUCAUGGCCAAACUGGCUGAGUGUAUGUUCCCUAAGAGUCAGGAAUAACCUUUUGAUUUUGUAGGUUAGAAAUAACACACAUUGUAAACUAUUUUUAUUCUCUACCUUGUUUAUAUGGUAAAGGGAUCCUUUCAGCUGCCAGUUUCGAGUAAUGAAUAUCAUAUUGUAUCAUCAACGCUGAUAUUUAUCUGAAUUGGUCUUCAGGCCUAAGCUGGAUGAAUGAAUAUCACUACCUGUUCUGAAAGCAUGUUUGUUGCUUUUUAUUUCAUUACCUAGGUUGAAAUAUUUUUACUACUUCUGCAUAAGUGACAGUGAACCAAUUGGUCCCAAGUAAUCUCCCUCCUGUCACUUGCAUUGACUUCAUUUUUGUAUCAUCAAUAAAGUUGUGUGUUAAUGCUGGGAAGAAAAAGAAAGAAAAAAGAAAGAAA